AUGGAUCCACUUGCCUAUACAAUUCUGGUGUUAACGUUUCUUCUAUUCUUGUGUUUGCAGGACAUCUGGCAUGAUAUACUGUCCCUGCUGCCGCUGUCAGAUGCUGCCCGAGCUGGCUGUGUGUCUCACACAUUUCUAAGCUCCUGGAGAUCCCAUCCCAACCUCACCUUAAGCAAGGAAACACUGGGCCUGAAUGGAAAUGCAUGUGGACAAGAUGAACUGGCACGGAUUUUCACCAACAGAGUUGACUGCAUUAUGGAAAAUCACUCAGGUGGCUUGAAGACAUUCAAGCUUGAUUAUUGUGGUUCUUCUUUCGACACCAGCUGUCUCAACAGGUGGCUUGACAGUGCUGUUACUCCAGGGAUUGAAGAAGUCAAACUUUCAAUGCCUCUAGGAUGCAACGCAGUUUAUUACGGCUUCCCAUGCUCAGUUUUAUUCAGUGGGAGUGGAAACUCAAUUCGACAUCUUCACCUUAGCCGUCGUGCCUUCCAUCCCACGGCAGGACUUGGUUGCUUGACAAGGCUCCAUCUGUCUCAGGUGCACAUCACGGGAGAUGAGUUAGGGCACCUUCUGUCCAAUUCUCUUGCUAUGGAGGAGCUGACUCUCAAUGGUUGUGGUAAGAUCAUUCACCUCAAGAUAUCUUGCCUGCUACAUCGGCUCAACAGCCUGUCAGUGUUUAAUUGCACAGCUCUGCAAGUGAUAGAGAAUAAAGCACCAAAUGUUUGCCUUGUCCGCAUCGAUGGCGCCCUAGAGGAACGUCUGGUUGGAGAUUUGUUGCAGGUGAAGGAACUGCAAAUGUUGGAUUACUACGAAUGUGACCUUGUUCAUUAUGCUUGUUCCAAGCUUCCAUUCAUCAUGCCAAAUCUUGAAACCCUCGGCCUAUCUUCGGCUGGAGAGGUAUCACAGACUCGAGUAAAGCAUGAAUUGAUUUGUGAUGAAGACUCGAACAUGAGACAGAUGCUGGGACAUCGCCAUUGCAACCUCAAGAACGUCAGGAUAAUGGGCUUCUGCUCUGCAAAGAGCAUGGUCGAACUAACUUGCCAUAUUCUUGAGAAUGCAACUUCACUCGAGCGCCUUACGUUGGACGCCAUAUACGAUAAUAGUAGUUAUGGGGACGCUGAUAGGUCUUGUGUCGGAAAAAAGGGUGAAUGCAACCCAAAAAGCAGGAGUAUCAUCAAGCACGCCCACAAAGGGCUGUGGGCAAUUGGUAAAUAUGUCGUGGAGAAAGUUCCCUCCACGGUUCAGUUAAGUGUGAAGAAGCUCUGCAGCCGUUGCCAUAAAAUUAAAUGGUGGUGCCUGGCCAUGCAGGCUUUAAAAAUACAAGUGUAUUUCGUGUACCUUCUUCAGUUGAUGAAACAUUCUAUCAGUGUUGUACAAAAAUACAUGGGCCGUGCUUUCUUUGUUUCUUUCUUAAACAAUCAUUUGUCUGGUUAUGUCAAGAUCAGCUCCUGGUGA